AUGACCGAUUGGAGGAGAAUUGACAUAGACGCGUUUGACCCGGACAGCGGACGGCUGACUGCACAGGACCUUGUGCCGCCCGCUGCCUCACAGCCCUCGCCCCAGGAGCUGCAGGCCAGGAUCGCACAGCUGCGCUCCGCAGGCGCCAGCGGCGACUUUGCGCGCGGCGUGCAGAUCGCAGUCUCGGACCCGCCGUACGGCGCCGACGAACAGACGAAAUCGCAGUACCUGCUUGCCGUGCUGGACCUGCUCACCCAGGUGAGACAGGCCGACAUCGCGGGCAUCCUGCAGCAGCUGAACCGCCCGCAGCAGGAUGUGCUGCUCAAGUACCUGUACCGCGGCAUGGCCGUGCCCGAGGGCCAGAAGCAGGGCGGCAUGCUGCUCGCGUGGUUCGAAAAGCUGACGCAGCAGACCGGCAUAAACCCGAUCGUGCGCUUCUUAUCGGACAGGCGCACUGUAUAG